AUAAAAAUAAUGACAAGUUUUAGUUAAGUUAGGCGUUAGAGUUGAGCUAGCCUUUAACUUUAGGUAUUCAGGGAACUGAAAAAGAAGGAUAUUUCUUCCCUUCCCUUUUUAAACCAUAAAUAAUCAGUUUUGCAACAGUUUCAUAUCUAAAAUAAGACAGUGUCAGCCUUCAACAGACACUGAUGACACGCAAAAUCUCCGAAGUCUGAAGUGAACUGAAGUGGAGUGACAGUGGAGCUGAAUUUACACGCCCGGCUGACUUAUUUUAUUCUAAUUCUAGGGACUAACUUUACUAAGUAAACUUAACUUAUCAGUUCAGUAUUAUCACUUUCUCGUUUCUGUCUUAGAAUUAGACUUAGUGCCUUCAAUGAUCAAUCAUACAAUGAUACCAAUACCGUAUUAGUAUUAAUUAUUAAUGUUAAUAUUGACAUCAUUUUAUCCAGGAGCUAGACUAAUACUAAUAGAUCCAAAUCCAUGUAAAAUGUAAAGUAAAGCCUUUACUUUUAACUAAAGCUGGAUUUUUAAAAAAUAAUUUUGAUGAUCUGAUAGGGCUUUUGUCUUUCUUACUUAAAUCGAAUCAAUUUAAAUCAUUAAAUCUAAAUCAAAAUCUGAUGAAAUAUUAAAUAACAUAUUAGUCAAUUUCAAUUAGUUGGAUAUAGUUUUAGAACAAAAAAAUGUUACUCGUUGGGUUGGAUUAUGAUUAAAUUAAUUAAUUAUCUCUUUGUGUGACUUGGAACAAGGCACCGCGUCUCCCGUCUCAUCUAAUGAAUGUAAACUCUGAAAUCAAACCAGUCAAACCUUGAGAAGUCCCAAGCCCAAAGGCAGUUUGACAUUCAGACAAUGAAAAUUUAAAUAACUUGUGAUUUAUAACCCUUAAGACAGACUAUAAUAUUAAUAAUACAAAUAAUCUACUUUAAUUUUAUGAUUCACUAUUUCCUACUUUAAAUAAUAUAGUUAAUAUACAUUUCAAAUUCAGCAAGUCAAGGAAUAUUAAUAUUGUUGUAUUUUGACUUUUUUUUUCAAUUUUUGGGGAUACAAAACCUGAUACAGUUAAAUUAAUAAUUUUUUUUUUUAGAUUUAGAUGUUGAGACUUUGUAAUAGCAGUUAGAAUGUAUAGUAAAAUCCCUUCCAUUAUUUAUAUAUUUUCCCGUAACAUCAAGUAAUAUCUUCUAGUAUAUUAUGUUAUAUAAUAUAAUGGUAUCACCAUCACUUCAUCAGCAUCAUUGAAUGAGCAGAGUGCAUUCUGUAGGCACUUAUCAGUGAUCAAAAUCAGCAUACUCAUACUGCUUAUUUCACUAAUUAAAUCACUGCUCAAUAUUUGAGGAAUUCAGAGUGAUGACUGAGCAGGUACUUGAUUGAGGUACCUAGUGUCAGUGGUAGGCCCGAAAUAUAAAAUAAUUAAAAGAAAAUGUAUUCGGAAACACCCCUCAAAACUUUGGGAACUAUUAGUAUAGACAGUAAUAGACCUAUAUUAGUUUUAAAAAAACUCACAACUUCAUUCAGAACACAGGUCAGAGUGGUUAAGAUCCAGAGAUAUUGACAGUCCACAUUUAUUUUAAUUUAUGGAUGUAUACAUACAAUACAUACUGAUUAAAAUAGAGCACAAAUCUUUGCCCUCCAGCACAGUACAUUCUUGGUGUGACAUCCCAAAGAAACUUAAUUAACUCAAAUAGCAAAGAUAAGGAUGAAAUUAACAAAUGGUUGUUUUAUGCUGUUUCAAAAUGUCUCUGAAUAGCUCCAGACUUUGCAAAUUAGUCUUUAUCAGUUAAAAAAAAAACGAUCACUAUUUUGUGACCAAGAAAUGAUGAUUUAAAUUAUUAGUAUUAGGAUGACUUAAUGCUAUUAAAUAACUAAAACAGUUGUUAGAUGCAUUUUUAAUUACAUUAAAUAUAAAUGUUGCUCACCUGUUCUUUUGUGCACUGUACAAUCACAGAGAAUAAUAUUAUCUUGUCUCUUUAAUUCCCACCUACCGAGUCUUAAACUGAGCCUAAAGCUUAUUCCUUCUGCUAAAAGUAGGGCUGGUAGAGACAGAUUGCCUAAAUGUAAGUGUCCUGAUAAUGCAACAAAUAUUUAUAAAUCCAACUAAACAGUGAGAUGACAAAGAUAAUAAAUGAUAUUAAAUUACCACACAAAUGUUAAGUGUUCAUAUCAAAAUAUGAGUGAGACAGGGGAAGACUUGGUAUUAAAAAUAGCUUAGUACUUUCCCUGAUUAGUUAUCUUUUGGAUAAGCUUUAACAGCCAAUCAGUUGUGAAAAUGGACUAUAGUUUUGCAACUAAGUUUCAAAACAGCAGAUAUUUUUUAUCACUUCAUAAAAUGAAUGAACAAUUAAUACAAAUUUUAAAAAGCACACAACACACACACACAAAAAACACCCUGCAUUUAAUAAAUAUUGAAAUGUAUUUUAAAGUAUAUACCGGUAAAGAUAAAGAAAUUAAAAGAUAUAUAAUAUAUUUUUUAUUUGCCUAAAUAGUAUAUUAUAUAUCGGUAUACAACUAUUUUACAGUUCCCACUUUGUUCUAUCAACAUCAUUUGGUCAUAGAAUCCAAGAUCCCCUGUUAUAGGAUUUCAUAUGUCAAGCUCUUUACCCCAAUUUCCAUGAUUUCAAUUUUUUAGAAACUGGAAUUUGUAAUAAAUGCAAAUAGAAUAAUAAACUAUUUAAGUACAUAAGCCAACACAAACAUUUCUUAAAUGUGACUGUUUACCUUAAGCUAAAGAGUAUAACUUAUAAAGUUUUGAUGUAAAGUCAAAACUUCAGUUUGGCAAAUUUUAGGUUGAUGGAAGCAUUUAUUUAUUGUAUUAUGGUAUUAUGUCACAUUUCUUUAUAACUUCUCAACCCCAAACAUUGCUUUUUUUAAAAAAAUUUGUAUUAUGUUAUAUGUUUAGAUUUUCAUAUAUAACUGUCAUAAGGAUUAGGUACUGAAAAACUCAACAAUGCGUAAUAUUUAUUGUAAGGUAUAUAAUUAUUUAUAAGCUGUUUUCACCCAAGCUCCGCUAGGCAAUUAAAAAUAUUCUUUAAUCUUAACAAUGUUGAUGUUUUGCAGAUUCUAUUUCGCUAUAGUCUGUCACAAAAAAAAAAAAAAUGCCCGGAACAACGCAUGUAGCACAGGUAAAAAAACACCUUUAUUGAUAUCUUGAUAUAUUUUAAUUUGCCGCAUUGAUUUCUUUUCAUAUACUACAAGAGGGGUCUGGAACCUAUGGCACAUGUGCUAGAAUUGGCACGGGUAACUUUUCAUUGGCACUCUGAAGACCAACAAAAAAAUUAAAGAUGACCAAAAAAUGUGCCUUAAAUGGUAGAUUGAUAAUUUAUUGGCAAGUCUUAAUUUGACAUACUAAUAACAAAAUUUUACCGACCUCUGGGCUACAAUAUUAUUCUUUAACUUCAUUGUAUUAUAUCAUACAGCUGUAAUGAAGAGUAAGAUGGCAAUUUUAUUGUGUAUCAAUUAUAGAUUUCUUGAUUUAACUUGUACUUGUACAUUUUCUUGAUUUAGAUUGUUGAUGUGGAUAUAAAGUGGAAACUUAGCAUGGCUAUCAGCAGUAAUGAUGUCAGAACUUUGAAUGAGCCCAUGGUUUCUAUGACCAUUGUUACUACUGAUGAGGCUGGGAAAAAAAUUAACAGACCCGUGGAGAUGACAGCAGCCAAAUUUAGGGUAAACUAUUAGUUAAGUUGCUAAAACUUUUAUAGGUUUUGAAAUAUUUUGAGAUUGUCAAGGCAGAACUUGUUUUGUGUCAGUGUUCAACACUCGUAAGCAGAUCCAUCCCAUCCCUGUGUUGCUAAGUCCAUGUAGGGCUUUGGCCUGCCUCACCAUAUCCAUCCUUCCACUCAGACCUAACUGAUGCUUCUCUUUUCCAUGCUUUGAUUCCCAGCUGCUGUAGAUCCCUCUCUACAUCAUCUAUCCAUCUAAAUCUAGGUCUGCCUUUGAGCCUCUGGGGUUUUGAUGGUGCUCCCUUUUCAUUCCUCUGUCGUUUGACAUUCUUUCUUAGUGUCAAGCCCAGCAUAGCCUGCCCUUUUUUAUUUCUGCUACUAGCGUGAGAUCCUGAUAUUGACUAGGCUAUUCCUGGUUGCUUCAUAUUCUCCAUCCAUAUUCAGCCUUUGUUUGUCCAUAUAUUUUUUGGAGAACUUUUUUCUCCCAUGAAUAUGUUUCCUGCCUUUUUAAACAGAGUUAAGAGAUGAACUGAAAUCAUUUGUGAUAAGCUUAAUAAAAUUCAUCAUCAUUUGAAAGUAAAACAAACAUUGAAAAUUAUUUGUCUCCAAUUAUUGAGCUGUGUAUUGACAAUAAAAUAGGUUCUCCAGCACAAUCUUGUCAAUUGUUUGAGAUGAAACCUUUAACGCUUCUUCUUCUUUUCCUCAUUUGUGCCUAAUGGUGCAUAGGCCGCUGAUACUUACAUUCCAUUUAUCUUUGUUCUGAGCUAUUAUUUCCAGCUCAUUCAUUUCUUGUUGUUUCUCUUCCUCUCACCAUGAAGGUUCCUUCUUAAUGUGUACUGUGGUCUUCUCAUCAUUCUGUGGAUUCUAUGACAGAGACUGUUGAGUAAUAUAUGAUUUUGGUUUCCUCAGUUUAUGGCUAAUCCAUCUCAGUUUUCUUGUCUGUAAUUUCUGCUCCUCAACUCUUGAAUCCUAGUAUUACAAUUUAAUCAGUAAUUAAACAACCCCUUAAAACAAAGUUUCUCUAAUAAAUCGUUUAUAAAAUGUCAUAUCGAGCGAUUGGGGGUUGGGCUGACAGAACAUGCAUACAAGUAACAUACUUUCUAAAAAUCCCAAUUAUUCCCCCCCCCCCCCCCCUCCCUCCAGACUCGCGUACAUACAUUUUCUCCACGUCCCUGAACUAUUUUAAUAUAAUAUACUAAUGACCCACUUGCUUUUACACUAAGAUUUAUUUCACCAACUAUUUCAGCAAAACAAAAGAAACAGUUACGCACUAAAAGCAAAUUUUUUUUAAGAAUCUCAUUUAGCACAGUUAUCAGGAAUUUUAUUUAGUGAAAUUAGUAUCAUCAUUUUCCUUCAUCUUCCCCUUGAAAAAGGGUGAUUUUUAGAUUAGCGUUUAGGGGGUGGGGAUGAAAAUUUGAUAGAAUGUGAUGUCAUUGGCAACGGGGCUAUGUGCCAAGUUUCUGGUCGAUAGAUUAAGGAGAAGUGGGUCAAUUAGCCCUCUGAAGAUUUUGCCAGUCCGCCACCCAGCCAGCCAUGAACAAAGUUAAUAUAAAGGAUUUAAAAAUCAGUAUUAUUAAUUAUCAAAGGAUGUCUCUACUACAAUCUGCAACCAACCAACAGAUCCUUAAUAUAUAUUAUAUACUUCAAAAUUGAACGAACCAGUUAUUACCACCCACCUUUAGUCUAUAGUCUACAUUGGAAAAACCUACUCUACUGCAAAAUAAGCAUUUGUGUUGUAAGGAUAAAGAUCUGUCCCAGCUGCUUGCUUCAUUAUAUACACUGCAUCAUUUUUUCCCUUGUCAUUAGAGCAGUUUGUAUGGAAGGAAACAGAUGUCUCUAACAUGAUGCAUUUUUACUUACUUGUAAAUCCUCCACAAUAUUUACAUCUUAAACAAAUUGCUUUGAAUAAAAGCUUAUUUACAUUAUAAUUUAUUUUCAGGAAUUGCUGAGCACUAUGAAGCAAAUACAUACACAGAUGGAAAAUGCCAAAAUUUUGUGAUGAUAGUGACUCAAUAUUAUUGAUACAAUUCUGCUUUGGAACCAAUCAUGUUGAUUUGAUGACUGCAUUAAUAACAUUGACAGUAUAGUGCACAUAUUUCUUCAAAUUAUUCAUAUUUUAAAAAUUCCUAUGCAGAUUUUUAUUGUUUAACUAAGUUUGGUUUCUUAAUUGUUAUUGUGGGAAUAAAUUCUAUUGUUUACAGAUUAAAAGAUAUCUUGAUGACAUAAAUGUUAAUAUGUAGGAUAAUGAUUUCUGUCAUGAAAUUUGCUGCUAGGAUUAUCAAAUACUGAUAAAAAAAGUAAUAUAAUGAAUCUAAAUGCACAAAGAGACAAGUAAAAUUAAAUAUAAUGUUUUAAUCAACAAUUUACAAUAACAUUGUAUACUUCAUUAAAUUUUGUCCUAAGCAUAUGUUACUACCCUUACAUGAUUUUUUGGCAAAUCUAUUUUUUGUAAUGGAUUAUGUGGUUUCAUAGAAUAGAUUCACUUUACUAAAGAUCUGUUCAUCCAUAUUGUUUUUUGCUUUCAUUACAUUUACAUUCUUAGAUCUGUACAGAUUUUUUAGCAAAAGGCAUAUCAAUGUGUUAUUCUUAGCCAUCUGAAAAGUAUUUCUUUAUCUGUUUUCUUUUUCCAACCUGUAUUACACUUCUUUAUCAAGUUAUCUACUCUCAAGUGUUCUUUAUCAUAAUCAAGACAUAUCACAAGAUCCUUAGCCUUUCCUGAGCUUGACUUUUCUGUUCGAAUAAAUUCUAUUUACGGUACCUACACACAUCCAUAUACUGUACAUAAACACAUCCAUAUACCGUACAUAAACACAUCCAUAAGCAGAUGUUUUGGUGAAGAAAUAAUUAAUUAAAGUCAAAAUAAAGAUGUGCACAAAAUUGGCAGCGUGCAAAUUUAGGUCACAAGUUUUGUCCUCAUUUUGUGACUGGCCUUCAUAUAUUAUUCUUACAAUGUAUCCCCAACUGUUUAUAAAAUCGUAGCAUCAGUUGAAAUCUAUCUUUAAAAUGGUCAUGAAUGGGUUCCGCAUCUGACUUAUAUUAAAUACCAGUACCUUAUGAUGAGAUCUGCACUUACGCAAACUUGUAAGCUGAUAAUGAUAGCAGAAUAUAUGUCUGUGUAUAACAAGGAGACAAUACAUUUCUUUCCAAGAGGCAGUCAUCUAUUUUUUGGAAAUGUUUAGAAUGGCUACCGUUUAUACCGAUAGACACAAGAAGGGAGUAUCUGUGUCGAGUAUGGGAGUUCAUUAGUAAUUGUUGCGACUGAAUAUUAUGUUUCAUUACGUUGGGUGUGGGUUUGAGAGUUUUAAUUAGUUAGUGAAUGCUCUUCCCGCGCUUGACUUGGUGACUUAUUUUUAUGCUCAUUGUGACAAAUUAUCUAGACUGUAUUGUGACAUAUGUUUUAUUGGUCUGGCAGUCGUGAGUGGAAUUUGCGGAAGUAGGAUGUGUUUUAUUUUUGUCUGAUAGCGAGCUGCGCUAUAUCCAUGUGUUUAUGGAAAUUAAAGCCUGUGUAUAUAAUUAGGUAUUAAAAUUACAUAUAUUGUGAUAAAGGACUUGAGUUCAUUCAAUACUUGUACGACAUAUAACAAUAUGUGAAAGAACUUGACGAAUUAACCAAUCUAGCAGAAACACGGAGUUGGCAAUAAGCUUUAUACAGUAUGUUUAUUAGUUUUAAGUCUUUUUAGUACACAAAAAUUAUUUUUACAGUAAGUUUGGAUUUUUUUAAAAAGUAUUAUUUUCUUUUGUAUUGCUGCAACUGGCAUAUUAUUUUAUUGGGUUGGGUUAUGUGAUGUUCAAGCACUUUUCAGGCUUGUCCCUGCCAAAACUAAUGGGGUCGGCAUAUGAGCUAAUGGGCUUAUAAACAGGCAUACACUGUUAAUAUUCUUUUAACCAGGUUAUUUGUAUAACGAUUUCAUGAAAGUGGCCAACUAAAUUAGUUAAAUUUCAUUAAAUUCCCUAACUUUUAAUUUAAAUGUUAAUUUGUUUAAAUUGAUAUUUAUUUGUACAUAUAUUCUUGAUCAAACAUGAAUUAAUUGUGACUGUCAUAUUUUUGAGAUGAAUGAUUUUAAAUAAAUUACAUAAAUUAUUAUU